AUGACUACUCCUAAGGAUAAUCAUAAGGAUAAUGCUGAAGUAGUUGAGGAGAAGGAAUGGACAAGAGUUCAGAAAGUUGGGAGAGAUAGAAGUAAGAGUCACCUAUUCCCUAAAACAUCACAGCAAUUGAAUUGUUUAAAUGGUUUUGAGGCACUGGGGGUUUUGAUUGACCACCAUGUGGCUGUAGAUAGAGGUCCAUGUGGUAAAAUGGUGGUAGAAGCUGAAUAUGUGGAUUAUAAUGAUAUGCUUGGUAUCACAGGUGUAUGUGAAAUGGAUAGUAAAGGUGAUUUUUUCACAUGGUCUAAUAAGCAGUGUACAAAUCCAAUAUAUUCAAGAAUUGACAGGAUUAUUGCUAAUGUGGAGUGGUUGCAAGAUAAUGGUAAUCUCCAGCUGAAUGUGCUAUCUCCUCACAUUUCUGAUCAUUUUCUACUGUAUCUGAGUGAUCCCAUGAGGCCUAGACAAAGAAAGAGGCCUUUUAGAUUUAACAAUAACUGGAUUGGUAUUGAGGGUUUCCAGGAAGUUGUUAAGGAUAGCUGGACUAAGCCUAUGACUGGUAAACCCAUGGAGGUGCUAUGGAAGAAACUAGCUAGGCUUCAACUUGUUCUCAGAGCUUUGAAUAAGCCUAUAAAUGACUUGCACAUAAAGAUUGCUGAAGCCAGGAAUAAUCUUGAGUUGGCUUAUAAUGACCUCAGGACUCACCAAAUGGAUGCUCACAUAAUGGAAAGGAUAAAAGUUCACACUGAAGACUUGAUUAAAUGGAAUGAUAUGGAGGCUACUAGUCUUAUGCAAAGAACCAAGAUAAACUGGAUAAAGAUGGGGGAUGAGAAUAACACCUACUUCCAAGCUUAUCUGAAGGCUCGAGGUAAUACUAAAAGUAUUCAGUACCUUCAAAAAGAGGAUGGGAGUAUUGUGACUUCUCAAAAGGACAUUGAAGCAGAAUUCUUGAGGCUCUAUGGCGGUCUGAUGGGCAAGGCUAAUCUGACUAUUCACCACAUAGAUGUGGAUGCAAUGAGAAGAGGCAAUCAACUGGACAUGGAGAAAAAAGAGUAUCUGAUCAGCAGGGUCACCAUUGAUGAGAUUCAAGAGGCUCUAAAAGGUAUUGGUGAUCUGAAGUCACCAGGGGUGGAUGGAUAUGGGGCAAGGAUCCUGACCAAAAGAUUGGGUAGAGUUUUUCCUAGCAUUGUCAGUCUUAAUCAGGCAGCUUUUAUUCAAGGCCAAAUGGUUCACAAUCACAUCAUGCUGGAUUUUGAGUUGAUCAAAAGGUACACUAGAAAAGGAGGGCCACCUAAAUGUAUGAUCCAACUAGAUCUACAAAAAGCCUAUGAUAUGGCUAAAAGAGGGCUGAGGCAAGGAGAUCCAAUCUCUCCUCUGCUAUUUGUUUUAAUGAUGGAAUAUUUUGACAGGCUCUUGAAGAAAAUGCAAGCUACCUCAGAUUUCAAGUUUCACUCAAAGUGUGAGAAAGUUGGUAUAACCAACCUCACCUUUGCAGAUGAUAUCCUGCUAUUUUGUAGAGGAGAUACCAACUCUGUUCAAAGGAUUCUCAAGACUGUGCAGGAUUUCUCUGAUUCCACAUGGUUGGUGAUGAGCCCUAGCAAGUGUCAAGUAUUCUGUGGAGGAAUGGAAGAAGAGACCAAAGACAGUAUUGUGCAGUUAACAGGAUUUGCUGAGGGCCAGCUCCCCAUGAAAUAUCUUGGAGUGCCUAUUACUAGUAAGAGGUUAAGUAUCAAUCACUACCUUCCACUGAUUGACAAGAUUAUGAACAGGAUUACCCAUUGGACUGCAAAGUUACUCAGCUACUCAGGAAGACUGUUGCUUGUUAGAAGUGUUCUUAUGGCUAUCACCCAAUAUUGGAUGCAGUGCCUACCUCUGCCUCAGUUUGUGAUUAACAAAAUUGAAUCUAUGUGUAGAACUUUUGUUUGGACAGGUAAUAUUUCUGCUAGUAGGAAGAGUCCAGUUGCCUGGAAAACUGUCUGCAAGCCUAAAGCACAGGGAGGGCUACGUGUGAUCAACCUUACUUUGUGGAACAAAAUUACUAUAAUUAAAUGUUUGUGGAAUCUCUGCAGGAAAUCUGACAAUAUGUGGGUCAAAUGGGUUCAUAUGUACUACUUGAAAGGACAAGAAGUGAUGGAAACAAGGGUUGCUCAAAGUAGCUCUUGGGUGAUGAAAAGGAUCCUGGAGUUAAGGGGAGAAGUGCAGCAUUAUCAUCAGACCUGGACUAAACUUCUACACCAACAAAAAUUCAAAAUGCACUUGCUGUAUGAUGACAUGAUUGAAGAGGGCCCUUUGGUGGAUUGGAGAUGUCUGUUUCAGAGGAAUGCUGCUAGGCCUCAGGCUCGUUUCUUAACAUGGCUAUUGUGCCAUGGUAAGCUAGCAACAAAAGAUAGGCUCCAUCGUUUUAACAUGAUCACAAAUACUAUGUGCAGCAUUUGCCAGGAAACUGAGGAGAGUAUACCCCAUUUGUUUUUUGACUGUAAGGAAAAUGCUGCAGUAUGGACACAGGUUCUGAAUUGGCUUGGCAGAUCACAUCAACCUCUUCCUUGGGCUGAAGAGUUGAGUUGGCUGACUCGGGAAGUGACCAGGAAAGGCUGGAGAGCAUGCCUACUGAAGAUAGCUUUUACUGAGACUGUAUAUGGCAUUUGGAGUAGAAGAAAUAGCAUUGUUUUCAAACAUAGUACAAAUAGAGAUAUUAUACAAAGCGUAUUAGAUAAUAUUGUAUAUAGGGGAUGGCAGUAUAAGAAAACUAGGAAACAAAUAGCUCUUUUGAUGUUAUAG